GUUCACAUGCAGGUGAGGACACUGGGAAGCUCAACAAAUAUUUGUAAUCUAACAAUGAAACACUGGAGUUCAAAUGAUUCUCACUGGACAGAGCACUUCCAGUGAAACAGUCCUGCUGCUGUUCAACACUCUGAGAUGCACAGAAUUCCUGUUUGCUCGCAGAGUAACUAAACCUGCUUGAAAGUGUAAACAUACAUCUCCAGAGGGCGUCUGUGUGUUUGAGGCAGAUGUUUCUGUCACUCCUGUUCCCCCUCGGCUACGUUCUCUGUUUUCUGUCGUUCUCAGUCAUUUGGACAUCAGCGAGUGAAGAAGACAGUCAGCGUCUAUCAUGGCUGUCAACAUCCCCGGAGUGAUAGCCAUGGUGUUUUUCUACCUGCUGGUCCUUGGGACCGGCAUCUGGGCUUCUUUCAAGUCCAGAAGGAAACAGCAGAAAAGUGCAGCAUCUGGAAUGGAGAUGACCCUGCUGGGAAACCGCAGCAUUAACUUGGUGGUGGGGAUCUUCACAAUGACAGCUACCUGGGUUGGAGGAGGCUACAUCGUUGGAACAGCUGAGAUGAUAUACACGCCCUCCAUGGGACUGAUCUGGGUGGUCGUGAUGAUACUGGCGUUCAGCUCAUGUUUUAUUAUCACUGGUUUGGUGUUUGUGAAGCCGAUGAGAGAAAAAAACUGCCUGACGAUGUUGGACCCUUUUCAUGUCAAGUAUGGAAAAGAACUGACAGCUGGACUGAGCGUGGCUCCGAUUGUUAGUGAUUUGCUCAUGGUGACAGCAACACAGAUUGGUUUAGGAGGAACCAUGAGUGUGGUCCUGGAUAUGCCUUACACUGUGUGCAUUUGGAUCUCCGCUGCGGUCGCCAUUACCUACACACUGCUGGGAGGUCUCUACUCUGUGGCCUACACAGAUAUUAUACAGCUUGUGCUCAUAUUCGUCAGCCUGUGGGUGUGUGUUCCCUUCGUCCUGAUGAACCCACACUCCUUGGACAUUGGGCAGACAAUGAUGAACAACACCUUACACGCUCCCUGGAUUGGCGCACCGGGGUUGGAAAAGGCCUGGAUAAUGAUUGAUCAGUUCUUAUUCUUUGCACUGGGGAGUGUGGGAUACCAGUUUGUCCAUCAGAGGACCUUGUCGGCAUCUUCCACAGCCACAGCCAAGAUCUCCUGCUUUGUUGCUGCUUUCAUGUUGCUUGUAUUUGGGACACCUCCCAUACUGCUUGGGGCAACUGCUGCAUCCACAGACUGGAACCUGACCUCCUAUGGUUCUCCAUCUCCAUACGAACGUGGGCAAGCAGCCUUAAUUCUGCCCAUCACCCUGCAGCACCUCACCCCGCCCUUCGUCUCCAUUAUCGGCAUUGGAUGUGUGGCUGCUGCCGUGAUGUCAUCUGCUGACUCUCUGAUGCUCUCUGCAGCUUCUGUCUUCUCCUCCAACAUAUACAAGAACAUCCUGAGGCCUCGGGCCUCAGACAGAGAGAUCCAGUGGGUGAUCCGUGCCUCUGUGUUGGUGGUAGGCUUGGUGGGCACAUCACUGACCAGCCUGCAAAACAGCAUGUUAGUUUUUCUGUUCAUUUCCAACGAAGUGGCCUACAUCUUAAUGUUCCCUCAACUCGUCUGCAUCCUCUUCUUCAACAUCUCCAACGGUUACGGAGCUAUCAUGGGCUUCCUGGUGGGAUUUACAUUGAGACUGCUCAGUGGAGAACAAACGUUAGGAUUAGAGCCAGUCAUACACUUCCCAGGAUGCACUCUUGAGGACGGUGUUUAUAUCCAGUACUCUCCAGUGAAAACCAUCUCCAUGCUGUCUGGCUUUGUCGCCAUCUUGUUGUUCUCCUACCUUGCGUCUGUGCUCUUCAACAAAGGCCUGCUUCCUGAGAAGUGGGAUGUGUUCAACGUGAAAGUGCAGAACUCGCCCAAGCCACUGACACAGAAAGAUGACGACGCAAAAUAUAAUGAGAGGGAGAAACUGGAUAUAAACAACUAUCACACGGAGGCGUCAGAGCCAAUGAUUAACACGAGCUGUUAGUGUUUCUGUGUACAGUAGAAUCUGUUUCCUGAAACAUUAAAUACACUAAAUACAAGUGUACAGCUCAAAGUAUAUCACUCUGGAGAUUCCUGCAUUCAAAGGAUUUUUCUUUUACUGAUCAGCUCAUGAUAAUUUUUAUUUGCUCUGAGAACGUUUUAUAUUUGCCCUCAACUUCGUUCCUCUCACCCAGUGUCAGCAGGGAUAGGCUCCCCAUGGAGGUCAAGACACCCAAGGAGGAUCCUUUGGAGGUUUGAUGGUGGUGGAAGGAGCAUGCUAACAUGUUUCCUAACCUGGCAGUGAUUGAAUGUUUUCACCAUCCAGUCAAAGAGACGUCCAAUUCAAGAACGGAGAACCAGCUUCAUGUGAGGGACUGGAGCCUGGGGGGGUUUAAUCACGGUUCGGGUCGGGUGGCAGGACUUUUAUUAACAGGUGUGGGCAGGUGUGGGUUGUCGAAAGUGGACCCUUGCAGACUCUCUGCUACAGUUGGCCUUUGGGACAAAUCGGCAGCAAGGUAUAAUGACUAAUACAUAAGUACCUCUUUGUCAUUUUCAUUUAUGAUUUAUAGGCUCCUUUGUGUUUGUUGUUGGUAUUUUCUCUGUUGUAUUGAUAUUGAUUUAUUCUUUUAUUUCAUUUAUUCCUUUUCAGUUUUCCAUAUUUUGGCUUCAAAUUCUACAACAAUCACUUCUAUUUAAAUGAUGGCAAUGUUCUA